GUCUUUGUCUAUGGUACAAUUGGCAUUUGUCCUGUCAGAAAGCGUUCUAUGCUUAUUGUGUAUUGUUUUUAUUUUUAGCGAAAUAAAGUGGAUAUCAGCGAAUUCAUGCGUAUGGAAUGUUAAUCAUCCAAUAACCAUGAAGCUGAAAAAGCCAAAAACUGAUACUGAGGAGACUGUACCGCCUGUGGUGCCUCCUCAAGCGGAGAUCAUAGAGGCUGAUCUAUACAAGCGAUCCUACUUCGGACCUGAUGUUCCUACCCUAGAACUGGAAUGCUGGGAGGAGGAGCUGUCAGAGGCACAACUACAGGCUUAUAAGAAUGCUGACAAUGAAUACAAGAGUAUUCAGAAUAAACUGGAUGAGAUGGUGAAGGACACUGGUGGUGAAAUCGUGUAUAACGGAGACCAGUUCACUGCUUACCAACUGCUUGGGAAACAACCUGUACUGAAGGACUUGGAACGGCAAAGUGCUGAGAUCAUUAGAUCCAGGUCUCGCUCAAUGUCCAUCUCCAAGGAGAAACCUGGAAGGAGAGGUCGUCCACGUAAGAAUCGGGAGGAGGAUCGCGACUACUCUCCUUCUCCAGAGAGGAACAGGUCUCCGGAAGUCAAACAUAAGAAGAAGAAGAAGGAUAAAGAAAAGGUUAAGGAAAAAGAGAGAGAGAAAGAAAAAGACAAGGAUAGCACUAAGACUAAGGACAAGACUCUCGCACCUUCCAACGUGCACAGCGUGGUUACAAACGUGCGUCCCUCCGAGGCUACAGCCAUUGGAGGCUUGUUGACGGGCAGUGCUACGAAAACCACUGCUAUCGUUGACCUGACUAAAGACGAUGGCAAUAAGAAUGUUGCUGAUUCUAGAGAGGUGUCGUUUAAUAAGCUGCAAGGCAAGACAUUCCCCUCACUAGUAGUAGUGGCCCGGCCCUACCUCCGUUCCAAGGACUCGACAGCUCCGUCAGACCGCACGACGCUAGACAGCAAGGUGAAGUCAGUACUGAUGCACACACCGAUGAAGUUCACCGAGUGGCUCAUACAACAGGGACUCGUCAGGUCCGAGCAGUGGUGCGUCAUACAUGCCGGGAAUAAACUUAAACUUGGAAUGUACUCCGACGUAUCGAAAUUCCCCUACUCGGGAGGCUACGUCUGGAUAUCAGAAUGCUGUCCAACGCGAUUCGUCUCCGUAUACUCCAGCUCUAUAUUCGAAGGGGCGACCUUCCCUCCAAGUGUGCUACUCAAACUAAUAUACCACUGGGCAUGCCAAACAAAUGUUCAGAAUGUAGUACAGUGGGUGAAAGUGGACAAUUUGUAUGUAAAGGGACUGUUUACUUGGCUAAGAGCGGUCUGCACGUCUGCCAUUCAUCAGCAUAUGAGCUUGCUAGGUGGUGUCGGGAAGAAAGUUGAAGUUGGUGUCAUAUCCUUGGGGACUACCAGCCAUGAUGGCACGCAGCGACAGGUCAAGGUGGAAGUCUUAGGUGUACUCGAUCCUGUGGAGAAAUUGAUCCGUCUCCGCGCCGUAGAACCGUUGGCAGAACAUGAAAAGAACUACAAAAAGCGCUUCCAGAAGAUUCUGGAACCUCUGUCUUCUUGGGUCCAUCCAUCAUCAGUUAUUCUGACAGACCUGACGGUAGACAAGGGCACCCUGGUGUCCAUGGGCUUCAAGAACGUGCACCAAGCGUCAGCGCACUCUGACUCCUCAACUGCAAGGAACAGCAAUGCUAAUAUAAUGGAGUACUUGAGGAGGAUCGUGCCGCGAAUGUUCCAGAACACUCUCUCGUUGCUUUCCAGGCAGAUCAUACAACAGUUCUUGGAUGAACUGGUUUGGAGAGAAAGGUACGGUGUGUCCCCCGGCCAAGCAUUCGACAACAUAGUGAUUCACAUAGCGGAACAAAGCAAGAUGGAAUCCAAGGACCCGAUCACAGUGCGCCUCAACAAGAUUGCUGCCAAUCCAUUCAAGAACUGGAAGUAUCCUACUGGAAAGAAACGGGAGAGGGUAGAGGAACCAGAGCCAGAGACCGGGCGCAGUAAGCGCGGCCGUAAGAAGAAGGAGCCGUCGCCCUCGCCGCCGCCCAAGAAGAGGAGGAAGGAGAAAACCACUUAUGUCGAUGAUGAUGAUGAGGAGAUACCACUAGCUCUAAGUCGCAAAUCGAAAAUAAAGGAAGAAAAAGAGAAAACUAAAGAGAAAAAAGAAGAGACCACGGCUCGUAGCAGACGGACUGCGAAGGCCAAGUCGUACGUGGAUGAUGAUCUCGAUGACAUUCCUUUGAAGAACAUCAAGAAGGAGGUCCGACCUGAAGAGACUGUUUCUAUGGAGAGAUACUACUUCGGACAGAUUGGAGGGGACGGGGAGUUUGUUAAAACUGCUAUUGCUGUUGAGUGCCCAGUGUGCCACGAGGAGUUCACGGACAACAUAGCCCUGAUGACGCACCUGUACAGUCACGCGGCGCCGCCCGCGGCCGACGGCUCGGACCGCGCGCAGUGCACGCUGUGUCUCGCCAGGUUCCCCGCGCAAGAUGAAUUAGACGUACAUCUCAAACAUAACCACCCCACUGAUACUAAGUCGCCUGAUCUGUUCACUUAUGCGUGUUUGAUUUGUGAGGUCCGGUUCGCAGCAGUCCUGACGCUAGCGUCCCACAUGCAGAAGACGCACGCCCCGCAGGAGCUCCCCUACAGUUGCGGGGCCUCCCAGUGUACGUACAGGGUCUCCUCGCACGCACAACUACUCAAGCACUACGCGGAGACGCAUAAAAAUGAGGAUAGUGUCUGCUGCCCGCAUUGUCUUAAGGUGAUAAAGGUAUAUUCAGACGGCUACGAGCUGACUGCCAACGUGGUGCUUUACCUGGACCACUUGAAGCAGCAUCAGGACAAGGAUCUGGAAGUACGAUGCAAUAGAUGCGUGCUCAAGUUUGUGCAUCUUGGACAACUGAAAGAGCACCAAGUUCGCGAUCACAUUACUGUGGAAGGCGCGACUCCGCUCUGCUCGGAAGAACAUCUGAUUACCAAGCCUAGAAACAAGGCUCGUCCGCCAGUGAAGGACUCCACCAACCACACAAUAGACGAGACGUUCGAGAACCUGACACUAGUCCUGCCGGACGGGAUGCUGUGUCGCGAGUGUGACACUCCGCUCGAGAGGGAACAACAUUUCUUGGGUACGACCCGUUGCACCAAGUGUUCGUACGUGACGUCGUGUUACCGCGCCAUGUUGCGGCACAGCGCGUACUGCGCGGGCCCGCACUCGCUGGAGGACGCGCCGCGCCCCGCGCCGCAUCGCACCUACUGCGUCUGCGGGUACAAUACUGAUAUAGGAACGGACAUGUUGACUCACUUGUUGAUGUGUGACCACAAGUCGGCGUAUGCCUCUGAGGAAGAUGCCCGGGCAAACACUGUGGGAGCCGAAGAGGUGGGCACCUCUUCAGCUUCAGCCGUCCCUAUGGUCAACAUCGCCAAGCCGGCUGAGGAGACUCCACCUGCAGUUGACACGCAGCCAGUGGACAGUGGUCCAGCGAUGUCGGACUACGCCCCACCAUCAGUCCUCAACACACAACUGUCGCUCGACGACCUGGCGCCUCCCUCAGUACUGCAGUCUGAUCAGCAUGACCAGGAGCUUCUCAAGGACACAUACGACCGUCCGUUAGCGACUCCACGUCAUGAGGAGCCUCACUAUAGUCUCGGGGACUUCGAGCCUCUCCCCCAGGAACCGCCGCCGCAGCCCGACUUUGAGCAGCUUUAGAAUGUAAUGGAAAAAGUAGAUUUAUAUCACAAAGUAGUAUGAUCCUGGUAUUAUAUGUAUGUUUAUUGUAGGAAAUUAUACUUUUAGAGGUCAAGUCUACAGCUUGGUUUAGGUAAAGUAGAAGUAUAGAUUUUUUUUUUUAGAAAUGUAUCAAAAUCUCAUUUAUGAAGUGCUAUGUUCUUUAUGCUUUAUAUUAGUUGUAAUUUGGCCUCUUAAAAGACACUCUUUACGGCAGAAUUCUAUAUAACAUAUUAUGUAUAAAUAAUGGAUAUUCAAAUGUUAUAUUGUUUUUUUGUAAGUGAAAAUUAAGAAAUAAAUACUUUUAGUUUAAAACAU